GUGUGUGCACACGUGUGUGUGUGAAGUCUGAGCUGCUGAGAUUCAUCUGAGCUGCUCAGUUACUCCAACACACUCCAGGAUGAAGUUAUUUCUGCUCUUUUUCACACUAAUGUGUGUGAUGGACACCAAAGCACAGAGUACACACCACGAUAUGGAUAUAACCAUAUGCUCAGACACGGAUAAGGAGUAUUUGACAGGGCUUGAGGGAGAUCAGACAUUUUACGCAGAUUUUGAGAGAAAGAAGGGGGUGGUAAUGCUGCCUCCGUUUGCUGAUCCGAUCUCGUUUCAUGGACUAUAUGAGUUCGCCGAGACUAACGUGGCCCACUGCAAACAAAGCUUACCGGCGCUAAUAAAAGACUUUAAAAACCAGCAGAUGCCCAUGGAUGCCCCACAGACCUCCAUCUAUCCCAAACAAAAGAUACAGCUGGAUUCAAAGAACACACUCAUCUGUCACUCAACACGAUUCUUCCCUCCACAUGUUACUGUGCGCUGGACCAAGAACAACUUAGACGUGACGAAUGAAACCUCACUCAGCCAGUACUACCCGAACAGAGACGGCACCUACAACCAGUUCUCCCACCUGCACUUCACUCCACAGGAGGGAGACGUUUACACCUGCACGGUGGAGCACGAGGCCCUGGAGACGCCCGACACCAAGACAUGGGAGGUGGAUGUUGAGCUUCCCAGUGUGGGUCCGGCUGUGUUCUGUGGAGUGGGUCUGGCUGUAGGACUGCUCGGAGUCGCUACUGGAACUUUCUUCCUCGUCAAAGGAAACAGAUGCAGCUGACACUUGACGUGACUGUUAUUAUUAUUAAAGCAAUAAAAUUAUGAUCUCUGAUAGACUUUUUAUCCUUGUGACACUUGUUUCUGUGUUGCAGCCAGGAGAUGAGAUUCCUAUCAGGAAGUCUCAUUUCGAUUUUUCACAAAAGAACCUGUACGGCCACCAGAGUUCGAUCUGUCUGUUAAAAGGUCUAUUUAAGGGUGUUUACUGGUUCUUCUGGCUGCCUGUAUUCUCACUGC